UCAGUGACAGCGACGAGGCAAACAUGGUACAUGGGAAACAGCCUGGGUGGAACAGGGCUGCCCCUUGCUAAUGACGUUACGGAGAGGCCGUCGCGCAGCUGUGACGUCAUUACGAAAGGGGCCCAUCCGCAUAGCGUCGCAGGUCGAUUGGCGCUGCUCUUCGAUUCCCAGGGAAAAAGAAAAGAUGGCCGCUGUUAGCCAGCCGAGGGCAGGCGAGGAACCCGAGGAGGAAGAAGAGGAGGAGGAAGCCACCGAGGAGGAGGAAGACUGUACGUUCUUACCGCUGGUGCACGACAUUAUCAAAUGCAUGGACAAGGACAGCCAAGAUGUGUACCAGGAGCUGAACGAUCUCAAGAACAAGUUCCAGUCGAUGAGGAAGCAGAUCAACAACAUGGCGGGCAUCGACCUGACCCCGGAGCAGCAGCAGCAGCACCUCCAGAGCCUGAGGGCGCAGGUCCAGACCAAGAACGAGCUCCUGCAGAAAUACAAAAGCCUCUGCAUGUUCGAGAUCCCGAAAGAUUAAACCGUCGCCUGGAUCGGAAGGGCGGGGGAGCUGCAGACUGUGGGGUCCCAUAUAGCGGUGCGGGCCGGACUAUAGGGCAGCGCCCCGGCCUGUAUGUACAGGUGAUGGCGCGGCCAGCGCAACCACGUCUUUGGUGCGCCAAAGACGUUACGGACACAUGGACGCUCUUGGAUGGGUGCAGAUUUGGACACGUUCCCUAUGUAAUUUAUGGAAAUGCAUGACACUGUUUCUUUAAAAUUGUUCUUCAGGUCUGACAACACGUGAUUCGGUGAUCU